CCUCCCACCGAGGUCCAGGACGGUGGCCGAGCCUAGAGCUCCAGCUCCUAGCUCUCUCCCGUCGGUGCGGGGCCCCACGAGCUGUCCGCGCUCCCCUCUGCUCCGCUGCCGUUCGACAGCGCGCAGUCUUGGCCUUUCUCUCUGUAGUCAUGGGCGCCGCAGCUUCGUCUGCCCUCUCUGGGCUCAGCCUCGCCGAGCUCCGCUUCCGCCUUGAGCUCCCAGCCUCGGCGCAGUCCAGGGCUGCCUGGCUCGGGGCUGCCGCGCUGGGACUGGCAGUCGCCGCGGCGCUGGGGGCCGCCGCCUGGAGCACUAGGGGCCGGCGAUGGCGGCGGCGGCGGCGGCAGCUGCAGCAGGUGGGCACCGUGGCACAGCUCUGGAUCUACCCCAUCAAGUCCUGCAAAGGGGUGCCCGUGAACGAGGCUGAAUGCACCGAGUUGGGGCUGCGCAGGGGCCACCUGAGGGACAGGUUUUGGCUCAUCAUCAAUGAAGAAGGGAACAUGGUCACGGCUCGACAGGAGCCCCGCCUGGUGCUAAUUUCCCUAUCCUGUGAAAAUGACUCUCUGAUCCUCAGUGCAGCCUACACCCAAGACUUGAUUUUGCCCAUCAAAGCACCCACCACAAAUGUGGUGUGGAAGUGCAGAGUUCACAGCUUUGAGAUUGAAGGAAGAGAUUGUGGUGAUGAGGCAGCCCAAUGGAUUACCAGCUUUUUGAAGACUCAGUCCUAUCGGCUGGUGCAUUUUGAGCCUCAGAUGCAGCCAAGAAAUUGCAAACAAAUGGUGCAUUAUUUCCGGUCUACAGAUAAGAUCCCUUACUCUGACGCCAGCCCUUUCUUAAUUCUCUCUGAGGCUUCACUGGCAGAUCUCAAUUGCAGGCUUGAGAAGAAGGUUAAAGCAAACAACUUCCGGCCCAAUAUAGUGCUUUCAGGAUGCAGGGCUUAUGAAGAGGAUUCUUGGAAUGAAAUUCUCAUUGGUGAUGUUGAAAUGAAAAGGAUAAUGGCUUGUGGCCGGUGCAUUUUAACAACUGUAGAUCCAGACACUGGCGUCAUGAACAGGAAGGAACCCCUGGAAACCUUAAGGAGUUAUCGGAAGUGUGAUCCCUCUGACCAGAAGGUGUAUGGCAAGGCACCUCUCUUUGGACAGUAUUAUGUCCUGGAAGAUCCGGGAACAAUCAAAGUGGGAGAUCCAGUGUACCUCUUGGAACAGUGACAGCAGCAUCAUCUCCUUGUGUGGCAGAUCUUUUUUGCAUACUCACUGGGAAAUAACCUCUUUCAAGAACAGGUUUUGGCAAUGAACAUCCUCACAAUCUCUUCUGAUUUAAGUGUCUCAAACUUUUCGUCUCUUUGGCAUCCUUGUGACUUCUGAUGUCCCAGAGCAUCAAGAGAAGAAAUGAGCCCUUCUUAAUACUGCUAGAAGUUCUGAGAGUCACUCAAGUGAUAAGAUAGGCUUUUGAUAAUUCUUUUUUUAAUUGGGAGUACAGGAGUGGGUAGAUAAGGGUAGGUAACAGACAAAGAAAACCCCUCUCUUAGGGCUUUGUAUUGAGGAGGGGAGAAUGAGAUAUAGUAAUCUCUUCCUCCUCAUUCUACCCUCAUGUUACUACUACCCAUGCGGAGAGAGAAAAAGGAAAAGGGAAAGGUAGCAAGGUGAGAAGGAAGACAGAAAAUACUUUGGAGUAUAUAUUUUGUUGUCGUUAUUCAGUCAUGUUCAAUUCUUUAUGACUUCAUUUGGGGUUUUCUUGGCAAAGAUACUAGAUUGCCUUGUCCUUCUCCAGCCCAUUUUACAGAUGAGGAAAGUGAGGCAAAUAGGGUUAAGUGACUUGCCCAGGGUCACAUGUCUGAAGUCAUAUUUGAACUCAGAGUGAUGAGUCUUCCUGACUCCAGGCCCACCACUCUAUCCACUGUGCCACCUAGUUUAAAUUCAUACUUGGGAAAAGUUGAAUAACAAUUAAGUCACCCCCAAAGAGACACUGAAAUUCUUCUCCAUCUCCUUUAGAAAGCCAAUGUGACAUAGUAGAGUAGUGGACUUGUACUCAGGAAAACCUGAGUUCAUAUCCUGCCUCUGACACUUACCUAGCUGUGUGACCAUGGGUAAAUCGAUGAACCUUUCUGAUCCUCAGCUUCCUCCUUGUAAAAUGGGGAUAAUAAUGUCUAGAAUUCCUACCUCAUGAGAUUGUUAUGAGGCUCAAACGGGAUAAUACAUAAGCACUUUGGAAACCUUAAGGUGCCGUGUAACUGUUGUACUAUUCUCAUCAUCUCAUUCCAUGAUCUGGAACUUUUAAAAAGGUACCAAUUGGCUGUCCCUACGUGGGCCUGGCACAACUGGCUGCUUAGAUAGAGUUGAUUAGGAUUUAAUCAACAUACCCUUGCCCUGGAUUCUGCCGUCUACGGACUAGACGAUGAUGGCGUGACAAUCAGAUAAAAGUCAGCAGCUAUGAAAUUGUUCUAAAAUUCAGGACAAACUAUCGAGUGUUUUUAACUGCAGAAUUUUUAAAGCUUUGACUGUUUUAAAGUUGUAUCACUUGCUUGGUCAGUGGCCAGAGAAAUGAGACUGUCCUAAGAUUUUUGUGGACUUGAUAAAUGGCGAAACUUUUGGGAAUGGCAGGUGAGCUCGGGAUGUCUAAGAGCCUAGUGUGAUUUUAGUCAUUCUGUCCUUGGAGAAUUGAAAAAAGAGAAGGGUGACGACUCAAGAUCUUCCUUUGGAACGCUCCCUGCUGUGGGCAUGUUGAAUUUCUAUCUAACCUGCUAAAGUCGAUCUAAACCAAUAUCAUCAAUGCAUAGAUAUCCUGUAACCAAAUUCCACGGGCUCUUUUCUUCAGCCCACCAGUUGUAUAGCUGUGGGAGGUCUUGUCACCAGAUCUGCAGUGUUAAAAAUUUAAUAUUGAAAGGCUCUGGAGCCUGUGGGACAGAAAUAGAAAUGUGGUGAUGUGAUUUUAAAAUGAGCAACUACUGAAGAAACUUUUAAACAAAGCAAGAAGAGACCUUGUUACUUUGUUGAUAAACAGAGAAUUGGCUAAUUUUUCUACUGAUUGAAUUACAAUUUUUAAAUAUGAUGAAGCAGGAGAAUUUAAUUUGAAUUUUCUCCCCUGUAUACCUCAUUUUAUCUCUUUGUAGCAGGAACCUGAUUAAAAUUUCAAGACGUUUUAAAACCACAAAUAAAUGGAAAUGACUUUCAUUGUUAAA